AUGAAAGACUGGCAGGAGUUCGAGUUGGAUGCGCUCAUUUGUCCAGCAUUUACAGGAAAGGAUAUAGCUCUGAAACUACUGAAAUGUGCUGCGCGAGACUCAGCCGGUUUGCCUUUAGCGGUGCAAGUGGUCACUUUACCCCUCAGAGAGGAGAAGUGCUUGGCGGUCAUGAAGCAGGUCGAAAACGUGUGGAUGGAAUAA